UUCUUCCAAGUCCAAAGCAAAAAAAGGAAAACACAGAAAAAUGCCGCUAAAGCUCUUGGACGCCACGGUCUCGAAUUUCGAGAGUAUUUUUGAGAAAUUCAUAUCAGAAUCAACGAAGAACAAAGCCAAUCUUAUCCUCUUCUUGGCUGACAAAGAUCCUUCUACUUCUCUCAGCUGGUGCCCUGAUUGUGUGAGAGCUGAGCCUGUGAUCUACAAAAAGCUGGAAGCUACUUCUGAUGAUGUUGCCCUCUUGAGAGCUUAUGUUGGAGACCGACCGACAUGGAGGAAUCCGCCGCACCCCUGGAGAGUGGACUCGAGAUUCAAGCUAACUGGAGUUCCAACACUCAUCCGCUGGGAGAACGAUGCAAUCACAGGCCGCCUCGAAGACCAUGAAGCCCAUGUCGAAAAGAAAAUCGAGGCUCUCGUUGCUGGGAAAUAAGUCACCAAAAUGGUCUAUAGUUCCAUAUGUUCCAUAUGCUAUUGCUAUCUUUCUCAAAGAUGUUGGCUUUUAGCUUUCCUGGCAAGCCUUUUAUGUAUGGUCAAAAGCAACUUUCUAUUGUUAAAUCGUACUAAUAAGAGUCGUUCAUAGUUUCUUGUUUUUUCAUGA